GCUGUGUUUGAUGGAGUGGAGGAGUUUGACGACGCGUCGAGGAACGUGAUGCUGGGGGGUUUGAUGAAGUGCGGGUUGUUUGGGGACGCACGGAGGAUGUUCGACGAGGCGGGUGACAGAGAUGUUGUUUGUUGGAGUGUUAUGAUUAACGGGUUUGUGAGGGGGAGCCUGUUUAAGGAGGGCUUAUAUUCCCAACAAGGGUUGGGGUUGUUUAGGGAGAUGUUGGUUGGGGGCGUCGAGCCGAACGAGAGCGUAUUUGUGAACGUGAUUUCGGCGUGUGCUUAUCUUGGAGCCUUGGAGCAAGGGAGGUGGAUAGAGAGUUAUCUGAGGAGGAAGGGGGUGCGUAUUGGUGUGAGGAUUGGCACGGCGUUGAUUGAUAUGUACUUGACGUGCGGCUGCGUCGAGAGGGCUUUCGGGAUAUUUGACGGUUUGAAGGAGAAGAAUGUGAUGGCUUGGAGCGCGAUGAUAGCUGGUCUAGCUGUCAAUGGUCGGGGUAGAGAAGCGUUGCGGCUAUUCGCGGAGAUGGAAAAUGAUAGAGUUUUGCCGAAUGAGGUGACGUUCAUUGGCGUUCUGAAUGCGUGCAGUCAUUGCAGGCUGGUCGACGAGGGAUUGAAACACUUCAAGUCGAUGAGUAACGUUUAUGGGUUGAAGCCCAAUGUUCGGCAUUAUUGUUGCUUAGUCGACCUCUAUGGUCGCAGUGGAAUGCUAGACCGUGCUCAGGAAGUAAUCAAAGAGAUGCCCAUGAAGCCGAAUAGUGCGGUUUGGGGAGCCUUGCUCAACUCCUGCAGAAUCCAUGGAAAUACGCUGCUGGGUGAGAAAAUAGGGAAGGAACUCCUAGAGUUAGAACCAAAUAACAGCGGGCGAUACAUGCUUCUAUCGAACAUAUAUGCAGCAAAUGGGAAAUGGGAAGAAGUUGUUACGUUGAGGAGAAUGAUGAAGGAGAAUGGAGUAGAUAAAACCCCUGGAAGCAGCGUUAUAGAACUGGAAGGAAGCGUUCAUGAGUUUAUUGCUGGGGAUAAUUUCCAUCCCGAUAGAAGAGAGGUCUAUCGAAUGGUCGACAGGAUGAUGGUAGAGCUUAAAUCAGCAGGAUAUAAGCCUGAAACAGACCAAAUAUUGCUCGACAUGGAUGAAGAGGAGAAGGAGACUGCACUCUGUCAUCACAGUGAGAAGUUGGCUAUUGCAUUCGGACUGAUCAAAAGUGAUCCUGCAACUACUAUUCGAAUUACGAAGAAUUUAAGGAUUUGUAACGAUUGUCACGCUGCAAUGAAGUUGAUUUCGAAGAUUUAUGAUCGUGAAAUCGUCGUCAGGGAUCGGAGCAGAUUCCACCAUUUCAGAGGAGCUUCUUGUUCUUGCGGGGACUUUUGGUGAUCUGAGUCGGUCACUUGUUCUUCUCUACUCGAUUUCUGCUUGAUCUGUUGGUU